AUGGUAUCAGAUGCAUAUAGUAAUAAGGAAACUUCAUUCGAUGAAAAUAUGGAAGAAGAGCCUAAUGCUGAGGCUAAAAAGUUUUACAAUAUUUUGGAUGCUGCUAAACAUCCAAUUUAUGAUGGAUGUAAAGAAGGUCUCUCACAACUUUCUUUAGCAGCUCGACUCAUGAGUUUGAAGACAGAUUAUAAUUUGCCUCAAAAUUGUAUGGAUUCGAUUUCUCAGAUGAUGCAAGAGUAUUUGCCACAAGGUAACAAUUCAAUGAAUUCUUACUAUGAUAUAAAGAAGCUUAUGCGGUCUUUAGGUUUACCUUAUCAGAAGAUUGAUGUUUGCCAAGAUAAUUGUAUGCUAUUUUGGAAGGAUUCUGCGAACCUAGAAAACUGUCUAUUCUGCAAAAAAGACAGAUAUCGACCUACUCAAAAGUUGGGACAGAAAAAGGUUGCAUACAACAAAAUGUUUUAUAUGCCGGUAGGAGAUAGAUUAAAGAGAUUAUAUCAGUCUAAUAAUACUGCAAGAGAUAUGAGAUGGCACGCAGAACAUUCAAUGAAUGGUGGAGAAAUGUGUCAUCCUUCAGAUGGAGAAGCAUGGAAACAUUUUCGUGAAGUAUAUCCUGAAUUUGCAUCCGAGUCAAGAAAUAUUUACCUUGGGUUAUGCACAGAUGGUUUUAAUCUAUUUGGUAUGUCCGGGCAUAACUAUUCUCUAUGGCCUGUAAUUCUGACUCCGUAUAAUAUGCCACCUGAGAUGUGCAUGAAACAAGAAUUUAUGUUUCUAACCAUUCUAGUCCCUGGACCUAAUCAUCCUAAGAGAAGUCUCGAUAUAUUCCUUCAGCCACUGAUAGAAGAGUUAAAGAAUCUGUGGGAUAACGGGAUUGAGGCCUAUGAUAUUUCUACUAAGGAAAAUUUUAUAUUACGAGCUGUGCUUAUGUGGACAAUAAGUGACUUUUCUGCUUAUGCUAUGCUUUCUGGAUGGAGAACUCAUGGUCGAUUGGCAUGUCCUUAUUGUAUGGACCAGACUGAUGCAUUUCAGUUGAAGAAUGGUAGAAAACAAGUUGGCGAGGAAAUAUGGAACAAAGUAAAUGGUUUGCCCAAAACAGUUGACUGCGGAGGAAACCAUGGGCGCUUAAAGGGUUAUGGUGACACUCAUAACUGGCACAAGCAAAGCAUUUUUUGGGAGUUGCCUUACUGGAAGACUCAUAAACUUCGGCACAAUCUUGAUGUGAUGCAUAUAGAAAAUAUUUUUUUUGAUAAUAUCAUCAAUACUCUACUGAAUGUUCAAGGAAAAACAAAGGAUGGCAUCAAAUCACGACUUGAUUUGAAAGAGUAUUGUAACAGGAAAGAUCUACACUUAACAACUGAUGGCAAGGUUCCUUUCCCAAUUUUCAGACUACAAGCUGAUGCAAAAGCAGCUUUCUUAAAAUGGCUUGAAAAAGAUGUUAAGUUUUCUGAUGGAUAUGCAUCAAGUCUAUCAAAAUGUGUUGAUUUAUCUGGUGGUAAAUUAACAGGGACGAAAAGUCACGAUUGUCAUGUUCUAAUGCAACGGCUCAUUCCAAUUGCGUUUGCUGAACUUAUGGAUAAAUCUGUGCAUGAAGCACUAUCAGUGCUUUGCUCUAAAAUUGUUGGAACAUCGAAACAAGGCCGUGUAUUUGGUCUUGGGUCCCUCCAAAGAGGUGUUGUAAUGCCUUUAGAGUCUGCGACGGGUUCUCCCCUUGGUAAUGCAGAAGUGGGAACAACUCAUCGAGUGGAAGAGCUUGAAGCUGAAUUGCAAAAGACUCGUGAUGAGUAUGAAGUCCUCAAGAAACGAAUUGAAGCUGUGGAGGCUUUCUGCUUCAACACCAACUAG